AUGGUGAGUUUCAGAAAAUGAUUGGAAAUUCUAAUGCUCAUCAUAUUUUUUCAGACUGGUCUUCAUAUGGAGCACAAAACAGGCGAUCCACCAUUGGCUCCACCCGGAACACAAUUCAAUCAGUUUAUUAUCAAUAAAAUGUUGGCGCUUGGUGGUUUUGGACAAGUUUAUGAGGCGACUCGAAUUGGAUCCGAUGACCAAAUUAUCAUUAAACUCGAAUCUACUAAAGCUAAAAUUCAACUACUUUACAAUGAAACAUCGUGUUUGCGAACACUGAAUCAGGUCUAUAAUCCAUACAAGGAAUGUGGAGCCGAACCAUUUUUGAAAUAUUAUGGAUAUGGGGUGAUUGGUGAUUUGAGAUUUCUUGUGAUGGAAAAGUGUGGAGCGAAUUUGAGGGAUUUGAAGGCGGCGACAAGUCUCAAUCGAUUCUCAGUUUUAACAUCGCUCUGGAUUUUCUACAAAAUGAUUAUAUCUCUGGAGAAAAUGCAUAAUGUUGGAUGGCUUCAUCGCGACGUAAAACCCGCCAAUUUCUGUAUCGGACUAAACAACCACAAAAUGUUAUACACCCUUGAUUUCGGAAUGAGUCGCUGUUACGUGGCAGAAGAUGGAAGUCUAAAACCCCGCAAAAUCAGUGCACCAUUCCACGGAACUCUUCGCUAUGUUUCCAUAAAUAUUCAUCGCCGACAAGACGCUUCAAGAUGGGAUGAUAUUUGGUCCGCGUAUUAUAUCGCAAUCGAAAAUAUUGUUGGAUUUCUUCCCUGGAGAAGACUUGGAAGUGUUGAUGCGGUGAUGAAAACAAAAUCCAGUGCAGAUUUACAAAGUUUAAGAUAUGGAAGAGAAUCAGGACCUCCUAGAAGUUUAGAAAUUGCUCAUAAUUAUUUGAUGUCGUCACUUGAAAAUGAGUCAUAUUUUUACACACCGCCACCCUAUAAUUUGAUAUUGCAAGAGAUUGUAAGUGUUUUUUGCUUUUAAAGAUCACUAUGUUUUUUCAUAUCUAUCAAGGUCAACAUUUUUCAGAACAACGACAUUCAUCAACGCAAUUCAAAUCUCUCAACAAUCCCACUCGAUUGGACAGUUCCACAAUAUCCACCAACUUUUCAAUAUCAACAAAAAGUUACAGCACCUUCCAACUUGAAUCAUCAUCACGGAGGAGAUAGAUCUGUUCGAUUCUACUAA